AAGAUCGAAAAGAAUGAAAAGCAUUCCAAGCCCAAGAAAAAAGGAACGAGGGGAAGAAUCGACAAGGAAUCCAUAAAAAAAAAAAGAAAAGAAAAUAGUGAAUGAAAAAAAAGCGUGACGAGAAUUCUCAACCCGAGAUGUUAGAAGGUGCAAAAUCAAUGGGUGCCGGAGCUGCUACAAUUGCUUCAGCGGGAGCUGCUGUCGGUAUUGGAAACGUAUUCAGUUCUUUGAUCCAUUCCGUGGCGCGAAAUCCAUCAUUGGCUAAACAAUUAUUUGGUUAUGCCAUUUUGGGCUUUGCUCUAACCGAAGCUAUUGCAUCGUUUGCCCCAAUGAUGGCCUUUCUGAUCCCUCCGUUGUUUUCUUUUCCUCCCGCACCUUUUUCCUCGAAAUGAGAAAGAAGAUGGUAC